UUUGACAGAUCUUGACAUCUCUGUCAAAACGAAAGGUGAAAGGCGCCCUAGCGCUCCGGUGACAAUUUUUGUUUAUACUUUAUGCCAAUAGUUGUUUUAAGUGCGAAAAGCGAUGAGCAGUCUCCUUAAAUUCAAGACGAUAGUACAAAAAAAUUUGUUCUGUCAUGUAACGAAGGCGAAUGUUAAUUUGACGCCGCAGGUGUUGUCAAAGGCUGUUCACAUCGGUGUGGAUAGGAAAAAUGCCACGGUUAAUACGAAUGUUUCGGCUGUGUACCCCAUUAUCGAUCAUACGUAUGAUGCAGUCGUGGUGGGCGCUGGAGGCGCCGGACUGAGGGCAGCUUUUGGUUUGGUAGCAGACGGGUUUAAAACUGCUGUUAUAACGAAACUGUUUCCAACCAGGUCUCAUACUGUGGCGGCACAGGGGGGCAUCAAUGCAGCUUUAGGCAACAUGGAAGACGACAACUGGCAGUGGCACAUGUACGACACCGUCAAAGGCUCCGAUUGGCUGGGCGACCAAGACGCCAUCCACUACAUGACCCGCGAAGCCCCCAAAGCCGUCAUAGAACUAGAAAACUACGGAAUGCCUUUCUCCCGAACCACCGACGGCAAAAUCUACCAGCGCGCCUUCGGCGGCCAGUCCCUCAAGUUCGGUAAAGGCGGCCAAGCCCACCGUUGCUGUUGCGUGGCAGACAGAACCGGCCACAGCCUCCUCCACACCCUGUACGGACAAUCCCUACGCUACGACUGCAACUACUUUAUCGAAUACUUCGCCUUAGACUUGAUAAUGGAGGACGGGGAGUGCCGCGGAGUCAUCGCCUUGAGUUUAGAAGACGGCUCGAUCCACAGGAUUCGGGCUAAAAACACAGUGCUGGCCACUGGUGGCUACGGCCGCGCCUACUUCUCGUGCACGUCCGCGCACACCUGCACGGGCGACGGCACCGCGAUGGUAGCCCGAGCUGGACUCCCAUCCCAGGACCUGGAAUUCGUGCAGUUCCACCCGACUGGGAUCUACGGUGCUGGGUGCCUCAUCACCGAGGGGUGUCGCGGAGAGGGUGGAUACCUGAUUAACUCGCAAGGGGAGCGCUUCAUGGAGCGGUACGCCCCCGUGGCCAAAGAUUUAGCGAGCAGAGAUGUGGUUUCGAGGAGUAUGACGAUCGAAAUACGCGAAGGCAGAGGCUGCGGUCCGGAGAAAGACCACGUCUACUUGCAACUACACCACUUACCAGCUGAACAACUGCACACUCGAUUGCCCGGGAUUUCAGAAACCGCUAUGAUCUUUGCCGGCGUUGACGUAACGAGAGAGCCGAUUCCUGUUUUACCGACUGUGCACUACAACAUGGGGGGCGUGCCCACGAACUACAAGGGACAGGUACUAACUACUGUCAAUGAUCAAGACACCGUAGUCCGUGGAUUGUACGCUUGCGGCGAAGCCGCCUCCUCCUCAGUCCACGGCGCCAACCGCCUCGGCGCUAACUCCCUCCUCGAUCUAGUGGUCUUCGGGCGCGCCUGCGCCAAGACGAUAGCCGAGGAACACAAACCCGGAGAGAGCAUCGGUUCCAUCAAAGAAAACGCCGGUGAAGCCUCCGUGGCAAACCUUGAUUGGUGUCGCCAUGCCAACGGUUCCAUCCCCACCGCCAACUUGCGUUUGCAGAUGCAGAAGACCAUGCAGACACACGCCGCUGUUUUCCGGACGGAAGAAACCCUCAAAGAAGGCUGCGCCAAAAUGGACAAACUCUAUUCUAACCUCAAAGAUUUGAAGGUUUCCGACAGUAGUUUGAUCUGGAAUUCCGACCUGGUGGAGACGCUCGAGCUACAGAAUUUGAUGUUGAACGCGGUCCAGACGAUCGUGGGGGCGGAAAACAGGAAGGAGUCGCGAGGGGCGCAUGCGCGCGAGGAUUACAAGACUAGGAUUGACGAGUAUGACUACAGUAAGCCGGUUGAGGGGCAGCAGAAGAAGCCGUUUGAUCAACACUGGCGUAAACAUACGCUGACCACCGUCGACGAGAAGACGGGGAAAGUCAGUAUUAGGUACAGGCCGGUGAUUGACCACACGUUGGAUAGCAACGAGUGCGCUACGGUUCCUCCGGCGAUUCGGUCGUACUAGGGACGAAGAUUCUCAUAUUUUUGUGAUCAAUGAGGAGUAUUGUGCGAAGAUCUUGCGCGAGCAGCGAUUGAAAAUCUUAAGUUUGAACAAGUAUUGCAAAGUAGGAUAGAUCGUAAUUUAUUUCAACUGAUCUACUUAAGUAAAUUAUUUAAUUAUGUAAGGAUGAAAGUAAGCCCAUUGUGACGCUUCAUGUGAAUCAAUAAAAAUGAAUUUAAUUAA